UCCAUCUCUCCUCCCGCCAUCCCGUGUAGACCUUCCACCUGCGUCCUGCCGGCACCCAGCCCUACCUGGGGAGCCCCAGCCCCACUCCCUCUCUCCCGGCUUUGAACCCCUUCCCCGCCGCCACAGCCAUGUCCAACAACAUGGCUAAGAUCGCUGAGGCCCGCAAGGCGGUGGAGCAGCUGAAGCUUGAAGUGAACAUCGACCGCAUGAAGGUGUCUCAGGCGGCCGCAGAGCUCCUGGCCUUCUGCGAGACGCAUGCCAAGGACGACCCGCUGGUGACCCCGGUCCCCGCCGCCGAGAACCCCUUCCGCGACAAGAGGCUUUUUUGCGUCCUUCUCUGA